AUGGGUAUUAAAGACUUUGUCAAGGAGAAAAUCACUGUCAAAAGUGAUCAUGAUAUUGAGAAUAUCUCUACUUCUGAUGAAAACAUUGCAGAUAAAUUUGAUGAAUUAACAGAAUAUAAUGAGCAAUACCCUGAACCAACAACAGAAGAUUAUUCAACUUUAAGAAGAACUUUAGGUCAUGCCCCUUACGCUACGUAUUUAAUCUGUCUUGUUGAAUUUGCUGAAAGAGCUUCUUAUUAUGGUGUCAAGAAUCGUUUGAAUAAUUUUGUCCAAUUGAAAUUACCAGCUGGUGGUAAUGGUGCUGGUGCUCCACCAAAAGGUGACCAACAAAAUGCUGGUGCUUUAGGUCUUGGAUUGAGAACUGCAAGUGCCGUUACUUUAUUAUUGACCUUUUUAGCUUACUUAACCCCGUUGUAUGGUGGUUAUAUUUCUGAUAAGAAAUGGGGUAGAAUGAAAACCAUCUGGUAUGGUUUAUGGAUUGGUGCCAUUUCUCAUAUUAUCUUAAUUAUUGCUGCUAUUCCUUCAGUUAUUUCAGGCGGUGCUGCUUUAGCUCCAACCAUGAUUUCCAUUUUGACUUUGGCUAUUGGUACUGGUCUUAUCAAGCCAAACUUGUUACCUUUAUUGUACGAUCAAUAUCCUCACAAACGUGAUGUUGUUGUUACAAAAGAAGAUGGUGAAAGAAUCAUUGUUGCGAAAGAACCAACUUUAGAAAGAAUGACAAUGGUGUUCUAUUGGGCUAUUAAUAUUGGGGCUUUUAUGUCUUUAGCAACUGCUUAUUGUGCAAAAUUGAUUGGGUUCUGGCUAGCUUAUUUGAUUCCAGGUAUUGUUUACUUCAUUAUGGUCCCUGUUUUGUUAUUAUUGUCUCCAAGAUUGAAAAAAGAAAAGCCAAAUGGUAUUUCUAUUGUGGAGGAAGCUUUUAAAGUUAUUAGAUAUACUUUGAAAGGUGGUUGGGUUGCAAGAAUCAAAAACAACACUUACUGGGAACAUGCUAAACCAUCAAACAUCAUUGCCAGAGGUGAAGUUGAAUCAACUGAAGCUGUUAACAAAAAGGGUAAAAAGAAGAUCUCAUGGACUGACCAAUUUGUUCAAGAUGUCAAAGUUACCAUUGAUGCUUGUAAAAUCUUUUUGUUCUUCGUUGUUUACAACAUCAGUAAUGGUGGUAUCGGUGGUAUCCAAAACUCCCAAGCCAAUUCCAUGACUACAAAUGGUGUUCCAAAUGAUUUGAUUGAUAAUUUCAAUCCAUUGACUAUCAUUAUCUUGAUUCCUAUCUUAGAUUAUGGUGUUUAUCCACUUUUGAGAAAGUUCAAAAUUGAUUUCAGACCCGUUCACAGAAUUUUCUUUGGUUUCAUAUUAGCUGCUAUUUCUCAAGUUAUUGGUGCUAUUAUUCAAUGGAGAAUUUAUGAAACUUCACCAUGUGGUUACCAUGCUACAGAAUGUGAAAUUGGAACAAGAGUUUCCCCAAUUUCUGUUUGGGUUGAAACUGUUUUGUACAUUUUAGGUGCUUCUUCUGAAUGUUUUGCUAACACUGCUGCUUAUGAAAUUGCUUACACCAGAGCUCCUGAGAAUAUGAAAGGUUUGGUUAUGGCUCUUUUCUUAUUUAUGCAAUCCUUAUCUGCCGCUAUUUCAAGUGCUGCCACAGGUGCAUUAAUUGAUCCUUAUUUGAUUUGGCCAUUCGUUGCUAUUGGUGCUGCUGCGUUUGUCUUUGCAUUCUGGUUCUUGUGGUUAUACCGUGAUUUACAUAAAGUUAUGGAAGCCGAAAGAUUAGAAAAGGAAAGAAAGUUGAAAGAGGAAUAUGUUGAAUAUAUCAAUGCUAGAGAUGAAAAAGAUUUGGUUGUUGCAAGAGUAGUUAGUCAACAAACCUCAAUUAAAGAGGAAAAAAUUGCAGUUGAUGCAAUUGAAGGUGCUUUGGCUUCAAAGAAGUAG